UGACUCAGCUCUUUCCCGUCUGAGUCCGCCCCCAGUCGCUCGUGCUGAGUCGAGAGGGGCAAGCGGUCGCUCUUCCCUCGAUACAAAAAAAAGUAAAUAAACAUAGUUUUGUUGAAUUAAAUUAGAAUUCAUGUCUUGGUAUGGACCCGGAGUGAAAGAUAUACCCCUCCGUGCGACAGUGGUGGUCCAGAUGGAUUGAGCCAAACCUGUAAGAUAAUGGAGGGAGCUGGGCACAGGGGAAGAUGGGACAAAACAAACCCUGUUGGCACAAUACUCCUCCUCAUGUGCAUGUUCAUCCCCACUCUGACAUUGUUAGAGCCUUCUGAGGAGCAGACGUGUCCACAUGGGGACUAUCCCACUGAAAAGGGAAUUUGUUGCAACAGAUGCUCUCCAGGUUUUAAGCUUGUAGAAAAGUGUAAUGCUACGGGUCAGAGAAGUACCUGCGCACCCUGUCCUGCUGGACAAUACACAGACCAGAUGAACUUCUUCCCCAACUGUCUAAGUUGCAGGCGCUGCAAAGCAUCAAAACAUGAAGUGGAGGUAUCACCAUGUAGAAGACCGCAAAACACAGUUUGUCGCUGUGAGGCCGGUUAUUACAAGUCUAACAUCGACUCGGAAACAUACGAGUGUCGCAGAUGUACACCAUGUGGACAGGAAAAGGAAAAGGAAAAACAGACAUGUACAGCAGAGAAAAACACUGUGUGUGAAUGUACAGAGAACUACUACAGAGCCAAGGGCAAGUGUAAACCAUGCAAGAAUUGUACCGCUGAGUGCAAAACUCACUGCUCAUACCCCCAUUCUCUGAAUACAAUAGCUCCUAAAAUUGAUGAAUAUCUUAUCAACAUAAUUGCUGGAGUUGUAGUUGUUACUGUGGUCUCAUUAAUGCUCGUGGUUCUCAUCACCCACGUGGCCACAAAACGGUCUACGAAGAAGAAGUUGCUGAAACUCACCACCCAACCAUCGGACGUCUCCCCAGACUCAUGCGAGCAAGUCCUGGUUCACAGUGAGGAACCUUCAGAGAACAUGAGUGUUCGAGCUGUUCCCCAAAGUCAUGUGAGUGAACAGGAGCCGUCCAAUCUGCCCGACUGUGUCCCCCUGGAAAUCAGGAUCCCUGACCUGAUCUACACUGUGCUGGAUCUGGUUCCCGUACCGCAGGUGAAGCGGCUGGUGCGAUCUCUCGGUGUGAUGGAUACAGAGAUCGAACAAGCCGAGACGGAUCACCGAUCCUGCCGCGAGGCUAACUACCAGAUGCUGAGGGUGUGGGCUGAGAGAGGGCCACGUGCUGGUGGAGGAGGUCUAGGUAGAAUGCUGCACCGGCCCUUGUUGCACGAGUUGUUGGACAAACUGAGAAUGAUACACCUGGGACAAGCAGCCGAGGAGCUGGAGACAAAGUACGGCAUUCAGUAAUUCUGCAACGUGUGCCAAGCAAAGAGCUUAUGAGACCAAGUAUUGUUCCCUGUAGAGACUCACUCACGGGCGGCCUCAAAGCGUACAAACUGACACCGUGCUACCACCAACAGUUUUAUUUCACAGAAACCAACACAGCACUCUACCUCUCCAAUCAACUCGCCGAGAAGACGGGAUCAAACUACUGAGAGCGACGGAUCAAACGAUUCCCAGAGUGACAGUCGCAGAUAAAUUCAGCUUACAAAUUGACAGAAGAACUUUUAGCCAUGUUGUGUUUUUUAAAGGAACGAUAAGACGACUGGGAACCAUCUUAUUGGCUUUGCUGUGCAGAGUUCGAUGAGAAGAUUGAUACCACUCUCAUUUCUGUAAAUAUGAAACUAUAACUAGCAGCUGGGGAGCUUAACUUCGCCUGGCUUUGUCCAAAGGAACAACAUCUGGCGACCAACACCGUCAAAGCUCACCUAUUGGUGGUUUUGGUCUUAUUUGUUUAAUCUGAAGUGGGUAUAUUCUGUAACACUGGACUAUUUCUUGUCCGGGAUACAGCAACUUCCUGCAGUUUCUGCUGGUUGCCUGGCAACCGCUCAUCUGGCUUAACUCACCCCCAGAAAAAUAAAGUGUUUCCCUCAAAACUUCAAACUAUUAUUUUAUGACGUUCAUCACUGUACAUAGUUGCAUGCUGGAACUUUUUCUUGUCUGGGGUCAGUGAGUUAUAGAGGUGUAGGUGUCUUUGGAAAUGUGGGGGAAAUAAAAGGUCUUUUAUGAUUUCAUUUUGGACUGAACAUUGCAAACAUGUUGUUUUCUGUUUUCUGCUAAAUCAAACUGAUAAAGUCUGUGCCAUAAGUUUACCGAGUAAUGUUUUAAUAGUAGUUCCUUAUUACAUUGUUGAAACGGUUCAAGUCUUGCAAAGAUUGAAUGGGAACAAUUACAAAACCAGGGAAGUUGGUAGUUCCUGUAGGCCAGAGCCCUGCCACUCCACACAGGCUCUUACAGACACAUUUGCAUACCUUUAAGCCCCAUCAUACAAGCAUUAUUCAUAACUGUUAGAGAAAACAGAACACGCCUUGUCUCAGUCUGCUUUAUCAGUCAACUUUGCCAAUACCUGUCUCAGCCUGCAGAUUCAGAUAUGAAUCCACCGCACAGAGAAAGACUGAGGACGUGUUAUUCCACUGCACUUUUAUCCUGUAUGAAACUGUAUAAACAGAACCAUUUAGUAUAUAACAUGUAUUGUGUUGAUAUCUGGACCUUAAAUAAAUGUAUCUUUGUACCGCUAA